UCAUCUACAAUGAGUACUUCAGGCUAUACGUCUGCUGCGAGCUCAGACGAGUUCGUCAGUAAUCGACGGCGGAGACGCGCUGAGCGGUCUAUUGUGGUCGAGGAGCGUCGGCGGGAGCCGCUGGAGCCGCGGGUCCGAGGAAAAGAGCCAGCUUCUGAGCACCUAACAAUCUCGGAUGAUCGCAGCGCUGGAAGCAAUCUCGAAGUGAGGAACCUAGCGGCGCUUCAGGAUCGAGCUGAGAGCCAUCCAGCGUCAAAAUAUGAUGCAUACUCUCCCUACCCAACUCACAAGAAUGACCGUAUUGGUGACGACAUUGUUGAGGUUAUCGAGGAAGACUACCCCUAUGAAGAUCCAAUUCGGCGGCGGAUACGGUCAAGGGAGCGCAUCCUUAGAACAUCGAGGCCCUCACCUCCGGAUCAGCGAGCAAGACUGCAGCAAACACGAAUGCAACAAAGAUUUGGUCGAUUACCCCCGGUUGGAGGGAAGAAGCUUGGCAAUGCGUCAUUUUCUGAGUCCUAUGAUGCUGAUAACGAGACUGGGGAGGGCGGUGCCUCUACCUUGAAUAUUCCGGACAGACCCAGUGGAAAGGCAAAUACCGCGGACAGCCGGGACUGGACAGAGGGCCUCGAUGAGAUUGAACCAAGCGAUAGAUUCCGUGAGAUUGAAACGCUCCAGAACAAGAUUGCGCAAAUGCAGAGGCAACUUCGUGAUCUUUCGACUCAGAAAAAAGGAACUUCACGAACACGGUAUCAAGUCAUCUAUCGACUCAACGGGACCCAUUACCUUGAUCAUCCCCAGUGGACUGAAGGGCAGACCUCUAUCAUCUGUCGCAUUCCUCUUGCCAAUUUCGACUUGUUCCUAGAGAGAAAUAAAGGCAUUCAAUUCAUCGUCUUCCGCAAUUUUAACUCGGAGACAGUGAAACCUCCGGCGGGAGACAUUUCACCUCCCAAGCAUAUUGCAGAAAGUCUAUACCUUGUCGACAAACGACUCCGCAAGAUCAUCGAGGUUUUGUUGAAACGGGACUGGCGGUACGAAGAUGCAGUUAAGACUCUACAGCGCACGGGGGAAGUGUCCUCACCUUAUCUGUUCAUCUAUCAUCACAGGAGACAUUGGAAAAGCAUUCUAUCUCACUGUCCCAGAGAUUCGCGCGAUCGUCUCAAUCUCUUCGCGUCGUAUGUAUCAAGAAACUACGGUGCAGAGUAUGCAGCUGCCGAUGCACUUCUAGCUCGAGGAAAAGUGUCGGCAGAAUUCGUGAAAUACUUAUUCCAGCCUGGGGAUAUCAUGAUUACAAAGACAGACGGCCAAUAUAGAGGGCUUGUGGCGUCAUCGUGGCCAGAACAGGUGGAGGAAAACCUAGCUGGCAAAAGCUCACAAGACCUUCCCAACGCGGACUACGUUCCAGACGUUCUACCAUGGCCUUCAUCAGCAUCCGAUAACGAUGGAGAGGAUGAAUCGGAUGCUGCCAGUAUGUUCGCUGAGUUGGCUACUCUCACAUCUCAUUUGCAUGUCGGCGGCGGCAAGCGCGCGGCCCGCAGUGCUGGUCCGCGGGCUAGCUCUGCGAAAGCGAAAGCGCACACGAAAGAGCCCAGCACCAAGAAAACAACAAGUCAUAGCUUUAGAGUUAAUGUCUUUAACUGGUCUUUUGACGGACAGUUCAAAAGAGUGCCAGACGUGUUUACCUUUCAGCUAUCUUCUAAAGCAUCGGACGGUCCAAGUGGAUCUACAGAGUGCGACAUACGAGACCUGGAUGUCUACCCCCUGGAAUAUGCUCCAGAAGAUGUCUCUGCCCGACUAUAUCAGCGCGGAAAAAUGUUUUGGGAGUGCCGCAAAAGAUGUCUUGUUUCCUACCAUGAAACCGACAAGGACGCAGAGAACGAAUCCGACGAGCGAUUUAUGGUCGACUUCUUGACCUUCGGAAAGCUCCAUACGAGCAACACGAGCCACAUGAUAUUCAGACCUGUCGAGACCAUGGCUGAGAGCGAGAUGUCCCAAGACAACCCUCCUCAUGAGUCCUUUUUCUACUUGGCUCCCCCACAGACUAAGGGAUUCAAUCUAAGGACCAAGAAGUGGCACGACCUUAACAUGGAACAAGUCCAGCACGUGGCGUGGAACCGAAAAGCCUUUGACUCUCUAGUCCUCGAAAGGAAAACAAAAGAGCUCAUUACGGCUUUAGUGAGCAAGCAAAUCUUAGCAGCUAAAUCAACUGACGUUGUUGCUGGGAAAGGCAAUGGACUGAUUUUGCUGCUACACGGAGGACCAGGUACAGGCAAAACGCUGACUGCUGAGGGUGUGGCAGAGAUCGCGAAGAAACCCCUAUACCGAGUGACAUGUGGGGAUGUUGGUACCAAAGCAGAAGACGUUGAGAAGUACCUCGAGUCUGUGCUUCAUCUUGGGAAGCUGUGGGACUGUGUGGUCUUGCUAGAUGAAGCUGAGGUCUUCCUUGAGCGAAGAAGUCUCGAUGAUCUCCAGCGAAACGCACUGGUCUCAGUAUUUCUUCGCGUCAUUGAGUAUCACGAAGGAAUCUUGAUUCUUACUAGCAAUCGGGUAGGAACCUUCGACGAAGCAUUCCGAUCGCGAAUCCAGAUCGCCGUUCACUAUCCACCUUUGCGUGCCUACCAACGUCUGCAGAUCUGGAAGAACUUUUUUGAUAGACUUGAAUCGUUCCAGGACGGGACUGUUGAUGUAAAUGAGCUUCGCGAUCAUCUCGAGGAACUUCAAGCCAUCGAAAUCAAUGGACGCCAAAUACGAAAUGCCAUCACGACCGCUCGUCAGUACGCUGAAUGGAAAGGCAAAGUCAUGAAUUUUGAACAUCUGACGACGGCUUUGGAGGUGGCGGCCAAAUUCAACGACUACUCGGAGAAGCUGAGAGGUGGUUUGACGGACGAUCAGAUUGCCGAGGAAGACGGAAUACGCUGA